AUGGCGGCGCCCGGAGCGGCAGCGGCGGCGGCGGCGCUGGUACAGUACGUGGUGCUGCGGGGGGACCUGGGCCGCCCGCCGCGGUCGUGGCCGUUGGGCGCGGUAGUGGCUCAGGGAUGCCACGCCGCCCUGGCAGCCGCGCAUGCGCACCGCCAGCACCCCGACACCCGCGCCUACCUGGAGUUGGGCGGCGCCAUGCGGACCGUCGUGCUGGAGGCUCCGGAUGAAGCCGCCCUGACGGCGCUGGCAGAGACCCUGAAGCAGCACGGCAUCGACCACGAAGUGUGGACUGAGCAGCCUGAGAACAUGGCCACCUGCCUGGCGCUCAGGCCCUACCCAAAGGACCAAGUGCACCAGCACCUGAAGAAAUUUAAAUUGCUGAAGUGAGCAGGAACGGGCACGGGCAGCUCUCCUCCUGAGCCAGAGCCGAGGUCACCCCCAGACAGGCGCCGGGAGGAAAGCUGCUGUGUCUUGGGAGUGCUGUGCUAAUGCUCAGCAGCAGGUAGUCUUCUCCUCGCGUGGUGAUAGCAGUUACACGGUGUGAAACGGUUCUUUGGUGGGGAGGAUUAAAUGUUAUUCUGUGCAGAAAUGUGACUAUGUGUUAUAUUAACCUGCUGUCUACAGGCAGUGGGCUUGCAGGUCGUCCCCCUGCCAGCACAGGCAAACUUGAAAAUGUCUCUCCUGCUUUUUAGGGGCGAGUUUUCCCUUGGGCGGCCCUUUGAGCUUCCCCAUCCGUCCAUCCUGAUGGCUGUUUUCCCCAUGCCCGAGCUCCACAAGCAGGGCCUGGGUGUAGGCACAGCUGUCCGGCGGCUCUGGUCCUCCCCGUGGAUUUGGCGCUGGUUCUGCUGCUGGUGUGGCCAUGCUCCCGGCAUCUCUCCCACCUCCACCCCUCGCUCCGUGGCUGCGGAGCCAUGCCAGAUCGCUUUUUCCUCCCGCACCAGCGAGGCCGGUUUGUCCAUGAUUUUAUUCGCACUGAACCGCGCGAUGAAACCCUGCCGGGAGCCACGCAGACAGCAGACGGCAGCAUUGGCCAUCGAGCCAGGACUCGCUGCAGACCUCGUUCUGCUGUGUUCGGCCUCGUUUACAAUAAAAGUAUUUGAAAUGAGCCACUUAGUUUAAAAAAAAAAAAAAGUGCGUUGUCAGCUAGAAGUGCAUGUGCCCCACCUCUCCCCAUCCUGGUUGUGCUGU